AUGACCGAUUUGUCUCAUUCACUUUUUGAAAAUUCAUGUUUACCACAAGCAAAAAAUUUUAUAGAUUUCGCAAAUGAGACAAUUUUUAUUGGACAUAUUAUUCUCAUUGUUCUUCUUUUAAUUGUUUUAAUUAGUAUUGGACUUUUUUUCUUAUAUACGAAAUCAGCUAAACAAGCAUUAAAUAGAUAUAAUAAAUUUAUUAUUAAAUCAAUGUUAACAACACUUGAACAAUAUGAAAAAGAAUUCGGUGUAUUUGAAAAUCUUAUACCAAAUAAAAUAAAUUUUCAUAAUAAACAACAUAUACGAGGAAUUCUACCAAUAACACCAACUGUUAUUCGUGUUAAAAAUCCUCGAAUAAUGAAUUAUCUUGGUUUUGAUUAA